AUGUCCGUGUUUUUAUUUUUUCGCUUGUCUAUUUUCUUUCUCUCCUUACAUUGUUUCGUUUUUCAAACUCCUGUGAUAAAUCUCCCUUUCAUCUUCCUUUCUUCUACCUCUGUACUACCUCUCUACUCCCUUUCUUCUUCUUUUCUUCUACCUCUCUACUCCAUUCUUCUUCCUUUCUUUUUCCUUCCUUCUAUCUCUCUACUCCCUUUCUUCUUCAUCUCUUCUACCCCUCUACUCCCUUUCUUCUACCUUUCUUCUACCUUUCUUCUACCUUUCUUCUUCCUUUCUUUUUCUUCUAUCUCUCUACUACCUUUCUUGUUCCUUUCUUCUACCUCACUACUCGCUUUCUUCUUCCUUUCUUCUACCUCUCUACUCCCUUUCUUCUUCAUUUCUUUUUCCCUUUCUUCUACCUCUCUACUCGCUUUCUUCUUUCUUUCUUCUACCUCUCUACUCGCUUUCUUCUUCCUUUCUUUUUUCCUUUCUUCUGCCUCUCUAAUCUCUUUCUUCUUCCUUUCUUCUACCUCUCUACUCCCUUUCUUCUUCCUUUCUUUUUCCUUCCUUCUAUCUCUCUACUCCCUUUCUUCUUCAUUUCUUCUACCUCUCUACUCCCUUUCUUCUACCUUUCUUCUACCUUUCUACUCCCUUUCUUCUUCCUUUCUUUUUCAUUUCUUCUAUCUCUCUACUAUCUUUCUUGUUCCUUUCUUCUACCUCUCUACUCCCUUUCUUCUUCCUUUCUUUUUCCUUCCUUCUAUCUUUCUUCUCCCUUUCUUUUUCAUUUCUUCUACCUCUCUACUCUCUUUCUUCUUCUUUUUUCUAUACCUCUCUACUCCUUUUUUUUUCCUUUCUUCUAACUCUCUCUCCCUUCUUUUUUCCUUUCUUUUUCCUUUCUUCUAUCCUCUUCUACCUUUCUUUGUUCCUUUCUUCUACCUCUCUACUCGCUUUCUUCUUUCUUUCUUAUACCUCUCUACUCGCUUUAUUUUUCCUUUCUUCUACCUCUCUCCUCCCUUUCUUUUUUCCUUUCUUCUACCUCUCUACUCCCUUUCUUCUUCCUUUUUUUUUUCCUUUCUUCUAUCUCUCUACUCCCUUUCUUCUUCGUUCUUCUUCUCUCUCUCCUUUCUUUUUCCUUUUUCUACCUCUCUCUCCCUUUCUUCUACAAUUCUUAACCCUCUCUACUCCCUUUCUUCUUCCUUUCUUUUCAUUUCUUCUAUCUUUCUUUUACCUUUCUUGUUCCUUUCUUCUACCUUUCUUUUUUUUCCUUUCUUUUUUCUUUCUUCUACCUCUCUCCUCCUUUUAUUUUUCCUUUCUUCUACCUCUUCCUUUCUUUUUUCCUUUCUUCUACCUUUCUACUCCCUUUCUUCUUUUUUUCCUUUCUUCUGCCUCUACUCCGUUUCUUCUUUCGUUUUUCUACCUCUCUACUCCUUUCUUUUUCCUUUUUUCUACCUCUCUACUCCCUUUCUUCUUCAUUUCUUCUGCCUCUCCUCCCUUUCUUCUUCCUUUCUUUUUCCCUUUCUUCUACCUCACUACUCCUUUCUUUUUCUUUCUUCUACCUCUCUCUCCAUUUCUUCUUCCUUUCUUUUUUCCCUUUCUUCUACCUCUCUACUCGGUUUAUUUUUCCUUUCUUCUACCCUCUCCUCCUUUCUUUUUCCUUUCUUUUUCCUUUCUUCUGCCUCUCUCCUCCCAUUCUUCUUCCUUUCUUUUUUCCUUUCUUCUGCCUCUCUACUCCCUUUCUUCUUUCGUUCUUCUACCUCUCUCUUUUCCUUUUCUUCUUCCUUUCUUCUACCCUCUACCUCUCUACUCCCUUUCUUCUUCAUUUCUUUUUUCCUUUCUUCUACCUCUCUACUCCUUUCUUCUUUCUUUCUUCUAACUCUCUCCUCUUUUCUUUUUUCCUUUCUUCUCCCUUUCUUCUCCCUUUCUUUUUUUUCCUUUCUUCUACCUUUCUUUUCUUUCUUCUUCUCUCUACCUUUUUUUUUUCUUUCUGCCUCUCUACUCCCUUUCUUCUUUCGUUCUUCUACCUCUCUACUCCCUUUCUUCUUCCUUUUUUCUACCUCUCUACUCCCUUUCUUCUUCCUUUCUUUUUCAUUUCUUCUAUCUCUCUACUACCUUUCUUGUUCCUUUCUUCUACCUCUCUACUCCGUUUCUUUUUUCUUUCUUCUACCUCUCUACUCCAUUUCUUCUUCCUUUCUUUUUCCCUUUCUUCUACCUCUCUACUCGGUUUAUUUUUCCUUUCUUCUACCUCUCUCCUCCCUUUCUUUUUUCCUUUCAUUUUUCCUUUCUUCUACCUCUCUCCUCCCAUUCUUCUUCCUUUCUUUUUUCCUUUCUUCUGCCUCUCUACUCCCUUUCUUCUUUCGUUCUUCUACCUCUCUACUCCCUUUCUUCUUCCUUUCUUCUACCUCUCUACUCUCUUCUUCUUCAUUUCUUCUACAUCUCUACUCCCUUUCUUCUUCCUUUCUUCUACCUCUCUACUCCCUUUCUUCUUCCUUUCUUCUACCUCUCUACUGCCUUUUUUCUUCUUUUCUUUUUUUCUUUCUUCUACCUCUCUAA